UUUGUUUUGCUUUGCGCUCCGUGGGCUGGCGCGCAGGAGUUUUGCGUCACGCCCUGGUGAUUUUGCUAUCGUUCUUGUGUCGCGCGCCGGCUAAUUUUCGUGGCGCUCGUUUUUCCCGCUCUUCUCUCACGCCGCUUCGUUUCUGUAGUGCCUAUUUGAACCAGCAGCCCCACUUGACCAUGAACGCCGUGCUCUGCCUCUCAACAUGUACAGCAGCCAUGUUCAACCUGAAUGAACCUCCCCAGCCGAAAGAUGAAGUCCACCACGCGCAGCAGCUGGAGGAGGAGUAGCCCAUGGCCGACUUUGACCACCAUGCGCAGCAGCUGGACGAGGAGCACGAGCAUCCCAUGGCCGACUUCGACCUCAAUGAGCCUAUAGAGGAUGACAACAUUCCUAGCUUUGAUUUGAAUCUGCCACUAGAUGAACAUGGCGAUGUUAGUUUUGAUUUUGUACAAAACCUCGCUGAUGAUGGUGUUAAGGCUCCUGUUGAAGUCCACCAAAGAAGGAAAGAAAUGCCAGAAGAGCUCCGAAAACAAGUUUAUCAAGUUUUGUUGGGUAGAAGCAAGAAUGGAAAACUAGGCAAGAAAGAUAUCCAAAUUGUUGGUGAUCAAUUUGAUCUCCACGUUCGGUCAGUUCAGCGAAUAUGGAAGAGAGGUAAAAUACAACUUGCAAACUCUGUUCUGGUUGUGGUUUCUAGUCUAAAGAAGGGUAGAGUUGUCCGUAAGAAAUUCAUGUUGAUUUGGAAGCUUUGCGUAACAUUCCUCUAAAGGAAAGAAUGACCAUAUAAGAUGUUUGUGCCAAACUUAACAUGAGCAAAUGGAAGGUGCAAAGGAGACAUUAGAAAGAGAAGGGCGGCUGCCAAACUUCUAUCCCUUGUCCACCAUCUUUGCUAGAUCAAGCUGAGGCUACGCUUGCUGCAUGAAAGUAGUAGAGAGAAAAAAAGCUAGUUAGAUCUUUGUAUGAACAUUUAGAUAUUGGAAGCUAGUAGAGAGCUUUGUGUUUUAAUUGUAAUGCGAUGGUUCAACUAGAGAGCUUUCUGUUUUUUCGUUUACCAUCUUCCAGCAUCUUCAAUAGGAGAGAGUCCAGUUUAUGCUCGGUUCUAGGCAAGAUUAAAGAGGAGGUUUCCGCUUGGAUAGCGGCAGGAGCGAGGCCCCUAGCGGCACUCAUAGAGUGAGAUUUUCCCGAUUGUACAUAUAACCUUUCCUUUUGUACUCUCUUCCUCUAUAUCAAUGAAAUAAGCACACUCUCGUGCUAUUCGUUAAAAAAAAUA